AUGACAGCUUCGGGUGCAGCUUCAAAGUAUGUGGUUAAAAUCACCGAUGGGUUGUUCAAAUCAUCAUUAAGGAAAGGUGCUAGCAGUGUGUUCCCCAACCGCAUCAACUUUGAGAUUAAAGACAACGAGAAAUGGUGCAUAUGGGGGCCAACAAAGGAGAAGUUUAUUGAUGUUUUAUCAAAUAAGUUUUUGGCAGAUCCACCGUUGGCUCUACGGUAUGGGAAAGUCGCUGAAGGAACUUUUCCUAGAAUAGAACAAGUUAAGUUCAAGGGUGUAAUGCCUACAGCGCAUCUCAGUGCUAGAUACGAGUAUUUUAAGGAUGAUUUCGAUCAAACAUGUGAGAAAUUCAUUCUUGAUAACUCCAUUGGGUCCAGAAACGUCAAUUAUGAAGUCUCUACCACAGACAGGACCAUUGACCCGGAGUUAUUGUCAUACUUGCUAAAGAAGCUAAAGCUAUUUGAUAUUAAGGAUAGAUGGGCAAUGGGAUUGAGUAAUGGUCAAAUGAGACGUGCCAGAUUGGCUAGGUCUUUAUUAAAAGAGCCGGAUAUCGCCAUUAUUGAUGACCCGUUCCUUGGUUUAGACCCCAGCGCCACGGCUAUCAUGUCGCAGUUCCUAGCAGCGUAUGAUCGUGGCACUUCAAUUAUUAUAGGUUUGAGGUAUCAAGAUCAAAUUCCAGAGUGGUGCACCCAUAUUGUAUGUGUAGAUAACGAUGGGAUCGAAUUCCAGGGUCCGCUUGAACAAUAUCGGGACGAGGUAGAAUCUAUGAGAUUGCAACUUUUGGAAGCGCUACAGCUAAACAAACCGCAAAGCAAGUACACAAUCCAAGAUCUCAUAUCUCCUCACAAAUUCUUUAAAGAGCCUCACCACGACUUGGUGAAGGUGCCAGAAGUGCUUAAACUGGAAGGUUUAUCUGUCGCAUAUAAAGGGGAACCGGUAUUAAAGGAUAUUCAUUGGGGUGUAAAACAAGGGUCCAAAUGGCACAUUCAGGGAAAUAAUGGAACAGGUAAGUCAACUUUGCUCUCCUUGAUUACUGCAGACCAUCCACAGUCUUGGAAUUCCAAACUCGUCGAUCAUGGCGUGCCCAGAAGAACUGGAAGUGCCAAUUUCUUUGAUAUCAAUAAGAGAAUAGGACUUUCCUCCCCGGAAAUGCAUGCGCUUUUCCUAAAGAAGGCUUCGAAUCUCUCUACAUUAGAAACUGUAGCUUCUGGUCUACAUGUGGUAAGCUCGAAUAACUUCCACCCAACUUACAAAUCUCUAUCCGACGAACAGAAACGCAUUGUUGACAUGUACAUAGAUUACUUCCAUUUGGAUCCAGAAACUCCAUUUGGGUCACUUUCAAUAAGUGACCAAAAGAUAGCGUUGUUCAUUAGAGCACUAGUAAAAAUGCCAGAAAUCACGAUCUUAGAUGAGGCUUUCUCCGGCGUGGAAACAGAGCAGCUCAUAAAAGCUCAUGAUUUCUUGCAACAGUGGCCAGGUACAGUCUUAGUUGUAUCCCAUAUUCAAGAAGAAACGCCACGUUGCGAUCACUACAUUAGGCUCAUUAAACCUGGUGAAUACGAGAUCGGUGAUCUCCACUGA